AUGGAACCAAAGUGUACUGGAGUGUCCAUCAACGAGAUUCACACUACCUCUGAUGCCACCGAUAAUCUUUCGCAGAAAUCGCCUGCUGCUUCGCAAAGUCAUGAACAUCAUCAACAAAACCUUGAUGUUGAACAAGCUAGCAUGCCGGCAGGCGAUCUUCAAAGCACUGCGCCGCCUCGACUAACUGUAUUGGACGAGAUACAAGUUCUAAAAGAACAGAUUCGGCAUUUACAAAUACAAACCAAGGCUGCCCCGUUGAACUCUCAAGAAGCUCAACUUCAGGCCGUAUCUGAGCAAAACGAAACUAUUCAACAUAUGAAAGAAUGUCUACGUAACCAUUCUCACGAAUGGGAUUUCAGGGAUGGCUUGGAGAGCUACUCUACGACAGAUGCAAUUGAAAGAGCUCUCGGGCGUAUAGCUAACCGGGAACAAGACAAGAAUAUGGCUGGUGCCUACUUCUUAAUAGGCGAAGCCAAGAUGGCAGACUCUUUUCUCCACCGUUUCUAUGAUUCUGACAAUGAUGAUGACGAUGAUAAUUACGAAGAGCGACAGCUCCGUGAGCAGCUCAUGGUGAAGCGUCGUGAGUUUUUAAAAUCGAUGGAAUUGAAAAUAGAAACCAUCACUGAGGGGCUAAUGAGAAUUCGCCUUACCAAGAAGCUGAGAAAGCAGCAAAAGGCAGCUGAGUUGGAGAGAGUAGCUGAGAUGAGAGCGGCCGAAAUGAGAGAAGCCGAGAUGAGAGCAGCCGAGGUUCUGGAGCAAGGUGCCAGAAACGAGCCGUCAAGCCUACCUGACAUAAAACAGGAAGACUUUCCUAUCCUCAAGCCUGAGGCAUACCAAUAUGCGCUGGCCAAAGUCAACCCUAUUGAUUGGAGCUCAUUUAAAGCGCUGGGCUCUAUGACUGAAAGCGACUCCUGCGUUAUCGAUGUACUUAUCGGCGAACCACUGGUCACAGAAGAAGUUUCUGCAGAUCAAAAGAUUCGACGGGGAAAAGGGGGCGAGCUUGAGACAUACCCUGAACAAGACCGAUGCAGAAGAAGCCUUAUCAAUCGAGGGGCUAAAUUUGUUGCGGUCGCUGCUGUUAAGCAUAUGUAUUACUCUGGUCCAACCAUGGUAGUGGGAGAAGAGGUCGAGAGCCAAGUAGUAAUCGAUUUUGAGACAGCAUUUGCAACAAAAGAUGAGUUGCAAGAGCAUGUAAAACGACCCUUAUUAAAAAAUUUCAUCGGUGAGAUUAUCGACAGCAAGGAUAAAGAGGAAUCAUCUGAUCAAGUAUGCGCAUGUUGUUGCUUUGAUGUUGUGUACAACGAUGGCACCUUCGUUGACAAAAGUCAACGCAAUGAGUAUAUCAACAGCCUUCUAUCGAAGAAGCUCCCGGAAGAACCUCCAUCUGUGGCACUUUUCCCAAGACUUUUCAGCGAGAUGCAGAUGGGAUCAACUGAGGAGCCCGAUUUUUCCGACGAAGACGGCUUAUUAUGUCCUAUCGAGUGUUUGGAUUUGUUUUACGCAGCAGAAAAUGGGGAAACAGCAUUUGAACGAAAGGACACCGCAUUCGGUCGCCUUGUUCUAGAAGAUGGGCAUAAAAAGAUGAUUGUAUCGCUAAUCACUCAACAUUUCCGAGAUAAGGAGGUUAAGGGAUCUCAAACAGAACAAGUCGACAUUAUUAGAGGGAAAGGUAAAGGUUUGAUUUUGCUUCUGCAUGGGGCCCCUGGAGUAGGAAAGACUUCCACAGCAGGUGAUUUGGGCGUUACAGCAAGAGACGUUGAGAAAACUCUGGAAACCAAUUUCAACCUUGCCACAAAGUGGGGUUGUAUUUUGCUAUUAGAUGAAGCGGAUGUAUUCCUUUCUCAGAGAAAUAAAGAAGAUUUCGUCCGGAAUGGGCUUGUAGCAGCAUUUCUACGUGUUCUAGAGUAUUAUGCCGGAAUUUUAUUCUUGACAACGAAUCGGGUUGGCGAUUUUGACGAAGCUUUCACCUCUCAUAUCCACAUGAGUCUUUAUUACCCAGUACUCAAUCGUGAUAAGACGCUGGGCAUAUUUGAUCUCAAUUUCAAACUUAUCAAGGAUCGAUUCGAGCGUAUGGGGCGUACAAUUAAGAUAGAUCACGAUGGUAUCAAGCGCUUUGCAGAGAUGCACUUUUGGUAUUACCACGACUCGCGCUGGAAUGGGCGCCAAAUACGCAAUGCUUGCCAGACGGCUUUGGCUUUGGCGGAGUACCAAGCUCAAGGCGACAGUAACACCAGCGAGUACGAUCCAAAAGCUACUGUUACUUUGACCGUCGGCGAUUUUGAGAUUGUGCGCGAUGCUUACCUAGAGUUCGCUGUGUAUUUAAGUGAUCUCUAUGGUGCGAAUACAGCUCAUCUUGCUGAGGAGAGAUUCUUACGUACAAAAGGAAGUUUUGACGAAGAACGAGAUCUCCCUCUUACAACAGAGCAGCUUUAUAAGAGAUAUAAUAAAGAAAUGUCACAGCGAACCAAGCGGAUUCCUCGACAGCACCAAUCGGAUACCGGAAUGAAUCGCAGAGUAAGCUACUUGGAGACUCAACAAAAUCGCUCGGAACAACAACCCAGAUACUCUAGCUCAAUGCGCGGCCGAAACAACGCUGAAACAUCAUCAUAUAUCAAAGCGCGUCAACCUCGGGGCCUUUUACGGCCACAGAAGUCGGCACAGCCACAGCCUCCUAUCCAGCAGCAGCAGCAGUUUGAAGGCUUCCCAGAUGAUGACGACGAGCAUUCUGAGAUGCUGCAGCAACAGCAGGAACUCGACGACGUGUCAUAUGACGAGCAGGAGGAAGACAAUGGCUAUGAUAGCGUUGGGGAGCAAAGUAUUCCGGUAAUUACCACUGAUAACAGUCGGCAAGGUGCUCGUCGUCUGGAUAGGAGGAGGAGAUAG